UGUUUCGCGGGCGCACGUUCGCGUUCCUCGGAAUCCUUGGAACAAACCCUUAGGCGAUUGUUUUCCACUAGAAGAAGUUUCCAAGCAAGUUGAAAUUAGUGCCCGAAGAAGCUAAGUGGAUGUGAAAAAUGUGACCAAUGCCAAACAUCAGCAACGUGAAUAACAAACUGAGGUGAUCUUGGACUUUAGCAAGACAUUUAAUUAAAUUGCACGUUGAGUGAUGCUGCAGGCUUAGUACAAAACUUGGUAAAACCUGUCUUGUGGUGAGAACUAUUAUCUUUGGAAGUCAGUGGCAAACCGCACACAGAGAAGUUCGAAGUUUAGCAAAAAAAGCUAUUAUUGUGCAAACAGUGACGGGCGGAAAAGCAAGUGACAACUCAUGAGACACACAAACGGUGAGAAAUCAGCGGAUGUGACGACAAUCUUGUAAUUUGGCCGAUUAUCUUCUGUACAAGUACAAGCAGUUGGAAAAAGCAGUUCAAGGAUCGUAAAAAUCAAGCUAUUUAAGAAGUGAGGGCGAACUUGGUCUCUCUGCAGAAACAAGGCGAUUUUGCUAGCGCCAACGAUGGAGGAAGGAAGAGAACUGCAGUUGUGGAUUGUUUUUCAGAUGUGAUGACACAGGUCUGGACUAUUUGCGGACGAAUCGUAUAAACAUAACGAGCGUAGCGCAGCACUGGGUUCGAAGUUGGAAGACGUUCGAACAGCCGUAUUUUCCGUCUUGACAAAGUGAGCUAUGUUCCGUCGCACUCAGAGCCAGCAUCGCACAGGGGCUACUAGUAAAAAUUGGAGAAAGGAUCCAAAUUCUUGACGAUUAAAGUGAAAUCGAACUGGCGAAAGCAGCAGUCCUGCACACUAAUCUAGCACUCAUCUGUUUCUCUUUAUGCAAUACAAGCUGUCCUAAAUCGUUUCAGCAAUGGUAUUCAAUGUACUCAUAGCUUCAUCUGUGAUCAAAACAGCCACCGUGGUCGGCUCUAGUCUAUGGCUGAUACCGUUCCUGCUGGGAGCGAUAUCAUACUACCGGUACGAUCGUGUCGAUCCUGAAUCUCGCGUCAUCGAUCAGCAGGGCUUAUAUUCCGAGUAUGAUUUUAUAGUCGUUGGAGGUGGUUCGGCGGGUGCCGUGGUAGCGAACAGACUUACCGAAGUGAGUCGAUGGAAGGUUCUACUACUGGAAGCCGGUCCGGACGAGAACGAAAUAUCUGACGUUCCAUCGUUAUCUGCAUAUCUGCAGCUCAGCAAACUAGACUGGGCCUAUAAAACAGAACCAACCAACCGAGCCUGCUUGGGAAUGGUGAAUAAUCGUUGCAACUGGCCUAGAGGCAAAGUACUCGGCGGUUCCAGUGUACUGAACUAUAUGAUUUACGUGAGGGGGAAUAGGAAUGAUUUCAACCACUGGGAGUCACUGGGGAACCCCGGUUGGGGCUACGACGACGUGCUGCAGUUUUUCAUCAAAUCAGAAGACAAUCGUAACCCAUAUCUUGCCAAAAACCCCUACCAUGGUACGGGAGGAUUGUUAACAGUACAAGAAGCGCCAUGGCAUACACCUCUGGUGGCAGCGUUCGUUGAAGCUGGCACCGAAAUUGGAUAUGAAAACAGAGAUAUUAACGGAGCCCAACAGACUGGGUUCAUGAUUGCUCAGGGAACUAUUCGACGAGGUAGUCGAUGUAGUACAGCAAAAGCGUUUCUGAGGCCAAUUCGGUUAAGAAAAAAUUUGCACAUCGCUAUGAACUCGCAUGUUACCAAACUACUAAUUGAUCCUAUCACUAAACGAGCGAUGGGUGUCGAGUUCUUCCGACAGGGGAAACGACAUUUUAUUAAGGCUAAGAAAGAUAUAGUUAUGUCCGCAGGGUCAAUUAAUACCCCGCAAAUUUUGAUGCUGUCAGGUAUUGGACCAAAGGAACAUCUAGAUGAAGUGGGCAUUCAAACUUUGGUAGACCUUCCCGUCGGCAAAAACAUGCAGGACCACGUUGGAAUGGGCGGCCUGACUUUUCUGGUUGAUAAACCAGUAGCAAUUCUGCAAAAUCGUCUGGAGGCCGCCUCGGUUACGAUGAACUAUGUCAUCAACGAGCGAGGCCCGAUGACCGUGCUCGGAGGACUUGAAGGCGUAGCCUUCGUUAAUACCCCGUUCGCAAACCUCUCUCGAGACUGGCCCGAUAUACAGUUCCAUAUGGCACCGGCUUCAUUGAACUCCGACGGUGGAGCACGUGUAAAGAAAAUUCUAGGUCUGAAAGAAGAUCUCUAUAAAGAAGUAUUUCACCCGAUAUCCGACACGUAUAGUUGGACAAUUAUGCCGCUUCUUUUGCGUCCUCGAUCGCGUGGUUGGGUUCGCUUGAAAUCGAAAAACCCUUUCCACUAUCCGAUAAUGAAUCCCAACUACUUCGAAGACCCAUUUGAUGCAAUGACACUCGUCGAGGGUGCCAAAAUAGCUCUGCGCGUGGCAGAUGCCAAAGUAUUCAAACAAUUCGGUAGCCGAAUACACCGGAAACCGCUUCCCAACUGCAAGCAUCACAAGUUUCUUUCCGAUGCCUAUCUCGACUGUCAGGCACGCACCAUCUCUAUGACUAUCUAUCAUCCGGUGGGUACCACAAAAAUGGGACCAGAAUGGGACCCGGAGGCAGUCGUCGAUCCACGAUUGCGUGUCUAUGGCGUAUCUGGACUGCGUGUUAUCGAUGCCGGCAUAAUGCCAACCAUUGUGAGUGGGAACACAAAUGCUGCUGUGAUCAUGAUCGGCGAAAAAGGGGCAAACAUGAUCAAGGAAGACUGGCUGGGACAUAUGGGCUGCUGGUCAGCUCUGGCGCAAGAUAGUAUUGUGUCAAUGAUCGAGUUCCUGCAGGAUGGUGGAAAACGAUUGAACGACGAACUUCCGGACCGCAAAAACAUCGACGAAGAGUAUGAUUUUGUGAUAGUGGGAGCAGGAUCGGCAGGAUGUGCUCUAGCUGCGAGAUUAUCCGAAAUUAGUGAUUGGAAAGUUUUGCUCAUAGAAGCAGGUGCAAAUGAAAACCUACUAAUGGACGUUCCGAUGUUCGUGCACUAUCUUCAAAACUAUGACGUGAAUUGGGAUUAUAGAACAAAGCCGAGCGAUAAGUAUUGUCUAGCGUUUAAGAAUAACCAGUGUCGGUUCCCACGGGGUAAAGUCAUGGGCGGAUCUAGCGUUCUUAAUUAUAUGAUAUACACCCGUGGGAAUCGGAGAGAUUUCGAUAGCUGGGCGGCAGCCGGAAAUGAUGGAUGGAGCUAUAAGGAUGUGCUGCCAUAUUUUCAAAAGUUAGAAAACAGUGUUGUUCCAGAUGCAUACGCAGGGUACGCGGGGAAAGACGGGCCGGUAUCAGUUUCCUACGUACCUUAUAAGUCUCCAAUAGCCAAAUUGUUUGUAGAAGCUGCGACCGAAUCAGGGAUUCCCUAUGUAGAUUAUAACGGACCAAGUCAAAUCGGAGUUUCAUUUGUUCAAAGCUCAACCAAAAACGGUUAUCGUGAUAGUACUAAUGUAGCCUAUUUAUAUCCGCUUAGAAAUAGAACUAACCUUCACGUCAAAAAGAAGAGCCAAGUUACCAAAGUUAUCAUAGACAAAGAAACCAAAAGUGCAGUGGGUGUGAAAUUUUACUAUAAACGCAAAUAUUACACGGUAAAGGCACGGUACGAAGUUAUCUUGUCAGCUGGUGCCAUUGGAUCGCCACAUUUGCUGAUGUUAUCUGGUAUUGGUCCCAAGGCACAUCUAGAGCACAAGGGAAUCAAAUCAAUUAUGGAUUUAAAAGUGGGCUACAAUUUCCAGGACCAUACUGCUGCAGGAGCGCUCACAUUUUUGGCCAACAACAUUUCUAGCAUGAUGGUUGAACGAAUGUUGAAUCUCAAAAAUUUCAUGAAUUAUCAACUAAAUCAUGAUGGACCAUUUACGUCGAUUGGAGGAUGUGAAACGAUUAGCUUUUUCGACUCUGAACAUCCCGGUGACCCCGAUGGCUGGCCCGACUUUGAACUACUCCAAAUCGGUGGGACGAUGGCUGGGGAUCCAUCUUUUGAGUUGAACUUCAACUAUAAACAUGACACAUUCCAGAGAAUGUUUGGCGACAUACAACGAAACGGUCUAAGCGGAUUCACCGUAUUUCCUCUAAUUCUCCGACCUCGCAGUAACGGACGAAUCUAUCUAAAAAGUGCCAAUCCGUUUCGAUAUCCAGUAAUUGAACCGAACUAUUUUUCUGAUCCCUAUGAUCUGGACAUUUCUGUGAAAGCUAUUCGAAAAGCUCUUGAAAUUGUGAAACAGCCUGCAAUGCAACGAAUUAAUGCUCGCCUGUUACCGAUACCAAUGCCAGGAUGUGAACAUUUGGAAUUCAAUUCCGAUGAGUAUUGGCGUUGUUUCACCAGACAUGCCACCUACACCAUCUAUCACCACGUGGGCACAUGCAAAAUGGGUCCUCGGAAGGAUCCGUCGUCGGUCGUUGAUCCCAGACUGCGAGUGCAUGGCAUCAAAGGACUUCGAGUAGUGGACGCAAGCAUAAUGCCGAAAGUAACGGCAGGACAUACCAAUGCUCCUACGAUUAUGAUCGCCGAAAAAGCAGCAGACAUAAUUAAAGAAGACUGGAAUAUGGUUCGACGAUAGCGAUGACUAAAGAAACGCAGCCUGUGCAAAUACGAGAAAGGCAUUAUCAUAUGUGAUUUAAUCUAUGCAAAAGACUGUAAAUAAAUAGUAUUAGCAAAUCUUAUAUUGCAAUAGUGUUUUACUUCACAUGAUCUUGAAAAUUUUACUGAAAAUACGGGAAUAUUUUAGCAGCUGCCGUUCUAGAUUAUCGCCAUGAAGAAGGCAUAAAUGCCAUAUUUCCUGUAGCGGAACCGUUGAAUAUAACGGCACGGUUGAUUAACUCCGUAACCCGUUAAACUGACCGAUCAACACCAAAGCCGCAGUAAUUUACGACGGAACUCGCAGCUGCGUAAAACGGCGUGAUAUGCACAAGUCAGUAGCACCUUCAAGCGUUACGGGCUGCAGUCAGCAAGAUGCAAAUUAAAUUUCCUGAACCGCAUUAGCGAAAUCUGGUUACUCCGCCUCCACAGGUUGUCGUCGGUGGAAAAUAAUGCGGUGACGCGGUUAGCUUUAGAGGGUCUAGUAAAUUUCUAGAAACAGCCAUUGUCGUUAAGCUGAUUCUAACUCAAGGGUGGUUGAUGACGUUGAUGACUACUGCAUUAGAAUGCCGAAUAGAACUCACUUUAAACAAUGCAAUGAAGGAAAAUCAUCUUCCGGGAAAAUAUUCACGACUGCAGGGCUGUUUUGUUCAGGUAGGGCACUUUGUGCAUAAACAACAAUACAGCUGUGUGUGGAAGGGCAGCAGAAUUUAAUGCUCUGUGCAUUGCAAUUGGCCGUGAUCACGAUCAUCCCCCGGUAGCAGAAUGUUUACUGCAUUAAUGCAUUGUAAGUCCGAUUUCAAUCAGAAAUUGCUAACUGGAACUAUUGAAGCGCAAACGAUUCUUGAUAGAAUCAGAAGGUCCAUUUUAACGAUUUUUUUUAUAGCUGCAGGCUAAACGACGUGAUUAGAAUUGAAAUAAAUUAGAAUGCAUUGCCAUCUGUUAUAACCAGUUAGCCAAUUAUUCCCCAGGACUUAGAGAAACGACCUUAUAAUUAUGAUCUUUCACUAUUGUAGGUAUACCUAUCUACAGGAGAAGAG